AUGGCAGUCAUAGAUGAAUACAACCCACAGCUGGCUCAGAUGCCUAUCGAGUCCGGGGCAACCCGGCAUUGCAAGAAUCAGUUACACCUUUUCCAACCUGACAAUGAAAUCUUACGUUUGGCUUCCGAGCCAUUCGCAUGUGAGCACUCUGACCUAUAUUGUGACGUUCUCGGUGAUCUAAUUGACCCACGAGCAGUAUUCAGUGAAAAGGCAAAACACCUAAUCCUCCACGAUUGGCUCGAGCAGCCAGAGGCGAGGUUACGAGAAGAGGCGUCUUCACUUCUAUCAUUACUUCACGAGUUAAUGCUGGGGCUCAAACGUCUUCGCCGCUCGCAUUCUUCACGAUUCACUCCGGAAUCUUUGCUAUCCCAAUACUUCGAGAUUCUAGAUUCCAUUGCAGGAGACAUAUCUGACAAACCGGAAUGUUGCAGCCCAAACACUUCCCUAACACCGAUAGGUCCAACCAGCCUAGACAUAUUAUCACUGGGAAACUCCAUCGUACGAUCAACGGGUUCGUUUCAAAAUCUCGCUGAAGGCAUCGACUUUCUUCAUUGGUUGAAGCUCGCAUCUCUCUUGAUAUCAUGGUUCAUCAAACGAUGCCGGAAGUAUCACUACCUGCUACUAAGCUGUACCUACAUUUUGAUACAUUUCCUAGAGUUUCCAAAGGGUAUCCCCCAUCUCUGUACCACCAUGCCUUGGACGAUUUGGCCAUCAUUGAUAGUCCUCUGGGGGGUAUGUUGGAUGUUCUACUGGCCUGAAGAGAACAACAUCGAUAUAUACUUCAAUUUUGAAGAGGAGUUUCCUCCUACGUCUAUGCAAGAUGACAUGUCCAACGAACUACUUGACAUGUCAACACCCAAUAUCAACGACUGGUUGCUUCCAACAGACAACACACCACUGAUAAACAACGGCCAGGAAACCCAUUCAACUUUGCACCCCUCAACUCUUCAUUACAACAGCAUCCCACAUGAAGCCGAAAUUACGUCCAAUUUCCAACCAGCACCAACAACGUACACUCACCAAAAUGCCCCAGGCAACACAGAAACACCAACCCCAGCACCACCAUCCCCAACCAAGCCCCCAUCCCUCGAAUGUCCCCACUGCAACAAGACAUACUCCAGGACUGACGCCCUCAGACGACACCAGAGAGAGCAACACUCCAACAACAAAGGCAGCGGUGACGACGAAACCAAAAAGUUUCCAUGUCCUCACAGAGAGUGCCGCAAGUCGUUCAAGAGAUAUGAACGCCUACAAAGACAUCUGAAAACAUGCAAGGCUCAAAAACGAAUCGAUGGCCUCAAUGCCAGUGUCCCUCCCAAAAUUGAUGGACGUACAAUUACGAUGCGCUCGGAGACUGUUGACAAUGAAUCCGAAGUUUCCACAGCUGAGGAUCAAGUGCUCUCACAGACGACACCGUCUUCUGAGAAGUUGCACGACGAGAGUACUCUCCUGAUGGAACUACAGAAACGACACAGAUUAGAAAGGGCCAAGCUUGACAAAAUGGAGAAAAAUGUCAGAGAAUCCAAGGAUCUCAUUGCCAGUAUUGAGUUUGUAAUGAACAGUCUACAAGGGGGAGGCAAAUAG